UAUAUGUAUAUAUGAGCAGCUCACUAUAAUGCUUCACUAUAGACUAGAGUGGGUUGAUCCGUAAUAAUCCCCACAUCUAAGCCCUUCUCCAUUGUUCCUCUACUGAACGCUUUGUCCUUGUGGCUGUCUUUUCCUCUCCUCUUGUCUGUACUACUGAGUGCUUCUUCUAAGAAUUUCUUACGGUUUCCCAGUUUCUCUCUCCACCGUGCUCUUCCAAAAUGCAACUCCGGCCGGUGAAUUAUGCCGGGACUCUGCUUGUCGCGGUGUUGCUCUUCGUUUCUGGAAUCACUAGUGACGCGCACAACAUCACGCGCAUUCUGGCCAAGCACCCGGAGUACUCUACUUUUAAUCACUACUUGACCAUCACGCAUCUAGCUCCGGAGAUCAACCGCAAGACUACUAUCACCGUCUGCGCCGUUGAUAAUGCCGCCAUGAACCAGCUGAUUUCUAAACACCUCUCAAUUUACACAAUUAAGAACAUUCUCUCCCUGCAUGUCCUUCUCGAUUACUUUGGCGCUAAGAAGCUCCACCAGAUCACCAACGGCACUGCUUUGGCUGCGACCAUGUUCCAAGCCACGGGAACUGCUCCUGGAUCCGCUGGAUUCGUCAACAUUACGGAUCUCAGAGGCGGAAAGGUCGGAUUCGGAGCUGAGAACAACGGCGGCACUCUCUCUGCGCAUUUUGUUAAAUCUGUGGAGGAGAUUCCGUAUAAUAUCUCCGUAAUUCAGAUUAGUAGCGUCCUUCCGUCCGAUGCCGCGGAAGCGCCUACGCCGGCACCCAGCCAGCAAAAUAUCACGGCCAUUAUGUCCAAGCAUGGAUGUAAAGUUUUUGCCGACACGCUUUUGGCCUCCGAUGCUCAAAAUACCUAUGUGGACAAUUUGGACGGCGGAUUAACGGUGUUCUGUCCGAUGGAUGAUGUGUUCAAGGCGUUCUUACCGAAGUACAAGAACUUGACGGCGGCGGGAAAGACGGCGUUGCUCUUGUAUCACGGCGUUCCGGUCUACCAGUCACUUUCUAUGCUGAAGUCCAACAAUGGACUCCAGAACACGUUGGCUACCGACGGAGCUAAGAAGUACGACUUCACCGUGCAGAACGAUGGCGAACAGGUGACCCUUAAGACCAAGGUUACGACUGCGAAAAUCACCGGUACUCUAAUCGAUGAGCAGCCUCUGGCCAUGUACACAAUCAACAAGGUUUUGCUGCCCCCAGAGCUGUUCAAGGCGGAGGCUCCCGCUCCAUCUCCCGCACCGGCACCCGAGCCUGCUGCGGCCGACGCACCGGCAUCACCGAAGAGUAAGAAGAAGAAGGCAGCACCAGCACCGGAGGAUUCGGAUGCUCCGGCGGAUUCGCCAGAUGACGCUGCUGAUCAGACGGCAGACGACAGUGGCGCCGUCAUAUUUGACGGCGCAAGGUACAUUUCCUUCGUAUUGGCUUUGGUUUGCGGGUUUCUACUAGGGUAAGAUCUGGAAUAUAUCUGACCCCAAAAAGACCGGCAUGUUUGUUUUUAAUUUUUCUCCUUUUGUUAGCUUUAGGGUUUUAUUUAGGAAAUAAAUGAAAAAGCCUCCUUUGAAGAAAAAUAUUUGGCGUCCCUUCUGGAAACCAUGUAACCUCCCCCUCUUUUUUUUUUUUUUUUGUGUGUGUGUUUUUCAUUUAAUUGUUUAUAAUUUGUAAUUUUGGUGGUGAGUGAUCGGGAGAAAAAAUGCCUACAUGGGUGUAUUGUAACCUAAACUUUUUUUUUUUAGUUGUAAUUUAUUGGGUGCCAUUGGUAAUGUGGUUUUAUAUUUGGGCA